AAACUAAAAGAGAAUGUUGAAUGAGAGACUCUGCUGAAAUAGUUUCCUGGGCCAGAGGAGCCAAACAAAACAGAGACCUGUAACAAGAUCAACUGCUGCUUCCAGUCAGAGACUCUGACACCCCAGAUGUAGCUUCGACAGCAAGGCUCAUUCCAGGGUCUCAGCUUCUCUAUACAUACAUGGAGAGAUCAAUGUCUGUCCUUCAAAUAGCCCUCUAUCACCCUAACCAAGACAGAGGCAUCUUUGAAGACAUCCCUCAUCACCUGGAGCAUGACACUACUCAUCUAGUCAUCGGGAGAGGUCAGAAUGCCCAUCUCAAAUUCAGGCUUCCUGGCGUCUCUCGCCACCAUAUAUCCCUGGAGCCAUAUCUGGAGAAGGGAAAUGUCUGCCUGACAUUCUGUCUGAAAAUCUUGAGCAGAAGCAGCAGUGUAUGGGUGAACGGACUGACUUUAAAAUACCUGGAGCAAGUCCCACUGACGGCAGUUAGCAAAGUCAUAUUUUCUGGAGUCCAGAUGGUUAUUCGUGUUGAGGGUGGUGCUUCUAAAGAAAAGUUUGCCUGCUGUAUCCGUUUCAGCUGCUCACCCCUGAUUUACAGGGCAAAGGCAGAAGAGACAGAUGAAUAUGAAGCCAUCCAAGAGGACCCAGAGCCCCCACAAGAGACCAGGGAGUUGAAUUAAAUUCCAGCAUUUGGGGGCUUUUGACUUGAAUUUUUAGUAUCUCAGGACAACCUUUCUCCCAGCAGAGCAGGGCAAAGGAGGAGAAAUAGAAAUACAGCCUACAAGGGAGUUUCAGGGCAGUAAGUUUCACUAGCCCACUGGGUGAAAAGAACUCCCUUGCUGAUCACAAGAUCUUAAGAUAUUACAACGAGUUCCCUAGAGUCUAACACGGCAUAGCCUGCUGGCCCAGCUCAAAUAAUGACCUAAUUCUAGCAGGAAUAAAAUGUCUUAAAUGGUUACAUCUAUGGAAGGGAACUGUAUAACCUCAUUUAUUUUUAAAGGCCCUAUGGGGCCUCCAAGAUGGGGGAAACUAUGUGUAAGCAUGUCUUCAUAUAUGGUGUUUGAUUUUGUCCCCCCCAUAUCACCCUUUUGCUUAAAUGUGGGUUAUUUUAUGUUGUUAAUUUUGUGUUCUGUCUCCAGUGUGGUAGAUUUAAGUUACUGAAGGAAUGUACCAACAUAUGUAGCAAUUACGUUUGUGGUGAUAUGAAGUUACCUAUGGCUUUUAAAUCCUCAA